UGUCCGGCGCCCGCCAUCUUGGCAACGUACUUCGCGUCCUCUCUUUGGCUGUGUAGGCUCACGUGACUCGGCCCCGUCUCCGGCUCCCUGUAAUCUUUAGGCGUGGGACGUACACAAGGAGAUCGCCGGGCCCCUGAAACCCGAAAUGGAACUAUUGACAUUCAGCGAUGUGGCCAUUGAUUUCUCCCCAGAGGAAUGGAAGUGCCUGGACCCUGUUCAGCAGAAUAUGUAUAAGGAUGUGAUGUUAGAGACUUACGGAAACCUGAUCUCUCUGGGUUUUGCUGGCUCUACGCCUAACCUGAUCACCUUUCUAGAGCAAAGCAAAGAGCCCUGCAGUGUAAAGAGACAAGAGACAUCGGCUGUAUACCCAGCUAUGUCUUCUCAUUUUACCCAAGGCAUUUCAUCAGAAAAUGGCAGAAAACAUUCACUCCAAAAUGUGACAAAGGAAAGGCACAGUAUUUGUGGCCAUGACAACUUACACUUCAAAAAAGAAUGGGAAAAUGUGGGUGACUAUGAAGAUCAGAAUGCAUAUUAUAAUGGUUGUAACAAAUUUGUGACAACAAAAGAAAGCACAGCCUUCGUUGCCAGCAGAGAUGAAGAACAUAGAACAUUUCAGAAAAAAACGAAGUUUGUACCUGCUACAGUUAAAGACCCAUAUAUUUUUGUAGGUGAACGUUCACAUCAAAUUUUGAAACAUGCCUAUUCUCUUAAAGGAAAUCUGGGAAAUCUAAGAAUGAGAUCAGCCCAUGCUUCCAUUCAUCACUUGAAAAGUAUUAAAUAUAGUAUUGGAUUAAAUUUUGAACCAUUCAUUUCAGUAGACAAUAAAUUUAAAAGUGAAGAGCAAAUUCCUAAAUGUGAUGAGUUUGGUUCUUUCAUGAAAGGUUUAUUCUGUAAUCAGCAAUACCAAGAUGUAUAUCUACCCAGUACCAAGGUAAAUAAUUUUCAUGAAUAUGGGAAGUUAUUUACCCAUCCAUUAUCACCCAGUCAAAAUCUAGAUAUAAGAAUCUACAGUUGUAAAGAAUGUGGUAAAGCUUUUAAAAGUUCUUCAAAUCUUACUAGACAUGAGAAAAUUCAUAAUGGAGAGAAACCUUAUAAAUGUAAUGAAUGUGGGAAAGCCUUUAAUAAUUGCUCAUACCUCAGUCAUCAUCAGAGGAUCCAUAAUGGAGAGAAGCUAUACAGAUGUGAAGAAUGUGGCAAAGCGUUUAACUGGUUUUCACACCUUACUCUACAUCAGAAAAUUCAUACUGGAGAGAAGCCAUACACAUGUGAAGAAUGUGGCAAAGCCUUUAACUGUCGUUCACACCUUACUCGACAUCAGAGAAUUCACACUGGUGAAAAACCCUACAAAUGUGAAGAAUGUGGCAAAUUCUUUACUCGUGGCUCAAAUCUUACUCAACAUCAGAGAAUUCAUACUGGAGAGAAACCUUACAAAUGUAAUGAAUGUGGCAAAGCCUUUAACAAGCGCUCAAACCUCUCUUUACACCAGAGAGUUCAUAUUAGAGAGAACACGUACAAAUGUGAAGAAUGUGGUAGAACCUUUGGUACUUGGUCUACCCUUUCUCUACACCGUAGAAUUCAUGAUGGAGAAAAACUUUACACAUGCAAAGAAUGUGGGAAAGCCUUUAGCUAUUCUUCUGUCCUUAGUCGACAUCAGAGAAUCCAUACUGGAGAGAAGCCCUACAAAUGUAAAGAGUGUGGCAAAGACUUCAGACACGAUAUAAGUCUUACACGACAUCAUAGAAUUCAUAGUGGAGAGAAGCCUUACAAAUGCAAGGAAUGUGGUAAAGCCUUUAUUCGGUGCUCACAUCUCACUCAGCACAAGAGAAUGCAUACAUGAUAGAAUGUUUUCAGAUGCAAACAGUGUGGCAUAACCUUUAACUUUCCUACUGUCUUUAGUAAAUACUUGAUGAUUAUUAAUGGAGAGAAGCCAUACAAAUGUAAACAAUGUGGCAGCAUUUCAAAUGGCUCAACUUAACAGAAUGCAUAACAAUGGAGAGAACACUUUCCAGUGGAAAGAACACUUACUCUACAUUACAGAAAUUAUACUGGAUAAAAGCCCUACAGUUGUAAAGAAUUUCUCAAAGUCAGUAGUAGUUGAAACCCUGCAAAUACAAAGAUUGUGGCAAGACCUUUAAUGGAGGUUCAGUCCUAAUUCAACAUGAACCCAGGGCCGUUAAACUUCACACAGUUUGGACAAUGUUACUUCUUUAAAUUAUUUAUUUUGUGUUUUUGAAAUUAUGAUUAUAGAAGUGUAAUAACAAGCAGUAGAUGUUUGAAUCCUAAAUUUCAAGUUACGAAAUUUUAUCCUAAUUACUUUCCAUGUGUCACAUUUGGGCCUAAAAUGCAUAGAGUUUGACAUUAAUUUACAUUGACUGAAAUAUAGUAACCUUAAAAUUUAAUUUUAAACUUUAUAAAUAAGAGAACUGUAGAAAUAUUUAUUAUGGUUAUGAGUUUAUGAGUUUGUAUCUACUGAUAAGGGAUGGGAAUUUGUGAAACAAAAGUUUUUUUUUUAAAGAGUUGGUCCUUUAUUAGCAAACCAGAAACCUCAUCUAUUUGAAAAAUGUGUUGUCUAUACUAAAUUUAUCUACAUCAAAUGUCAUGGUUCCUUCUCUAAAAUCUCCCUAUACUAAAUGUGCUUUUUUUCCACUCGUUACUUAUGAAAGAUCUUAAAAGGAUUAAUACAUAAAUGUUUAUAAAAUUUUUAUGAUCUGUUCAGAGA